AUGUUGAAGCUUGGAGGAAAUUCUGAAACGCCAGACACUCAAGCUUUUGCGGAUGACCUUGCCUCCGCGGAUGCCUCCCCUGAACAGGAAGCCCGACCAAAACCAACGCGAACAGGCAGGGGGCUGCCUCUGCGUGAACGCAAGGUGUAUCGAAACCUUGCUCGAUACACCCCUCGAGUUCAAGGGCUCACCUUUGAUCACAACCAGAUCCGCUGGAUCUCCUACUGGAAAAAUGAACAGAAUAAACAAGUGCAGAAACACUUCCCCGUCAGCAGAUUUGGAUUCUUUGGCGCCCGACUCAUGGCUUUAGAAGAGCGAAAUAGAAUUCAAGGGUGGCCGCUUUUCGCAGACGAAGCGUUCCAUCUUAUUGAAGGGUUGAAAAUUUUUGUCAAGUCCAAUCCGGAGUACGCUGCUGCCUUGCUACAGGGGGGCGAACUAGAUCCUGUCACCGGGGAGAUCCAUCUCAAUGUAUACGCAGAGCAGGUCUUAGAGUCCUGUUCAGCCACGCUGGAGGAGCGCAUCGCGGCGUCUUUGGCUACUGGUCUGCGAGCGUUGCCACCGCAAGUAGAUGCAGGCGGCCGAAAUCAACGCAGCAAGCCAACAACAGCAACAGCUGUUUCAACCCGCCAGCCGCCCCCCCCGCCUCUUUCCCAAGAUGACGACGACUGUUCUGUUCAGCGCAGGGCGUCUGUAGGAGUGGCUACUCGUCGUCAGAGGGCAGCGCGUUUAAGGACAGCCAGUCGGCGGAAUGGGGUCACCUCAAACCCUGCAGAGAGACGAGCUGCUGCACCCACACAGCUUGGUGGUUCAGGAGGGCAAGAAGAGGUUACCCUUCCUCUUCCUGCGUUUGAGGAGAAGAAGGGGGAGGUCCAACAAUCAACCGACUCCGGAAUGGCUACCUAUGCUGAUGUGCUGGCUCAGGCGUAUGCCCUUUCAAUGGGAGGCGUCAAAGUAGAUGCAACCACAACCCAUCAGCUGUCACUUCCCCGCAGCAGCCAAGAAGAGCAUUUGCCCCCACCUAACCUAGAUUGCAGGAAGCCGAAAGUGCUGCCUGCUUUGUUGCCUGCGACAUCUGGAACGGUUUACCUCGAGGGAGGUGGAGACUCUUCAGUCAGCAGUCGUCUCGUUUCCAUGGCUUCCUCAAGCUAUGAGGAAUCUGAACCCCUUGUUGACUCAUGUGCCUUAGUUGAGCAGGAACCAGAUGCUCUUCGAGACCUCCUUAACUGUGACGUCUCGGAACCGAUGGACACUGGCGUAGACUGGGAGGUUGAGGGUUCGAACACCGCAACUAUUGUUGACGUUAGCAGACCCACAAGGAACCCCUUAACCCGUCAGUCUCGCCAAUUCUAA